AUGGCAGCUGCCUGUCUUUGGCGCCCGCUUUUGGGUCUGAUCCUGUUGCUGUCUCUGGGCCUGAUCGCUAAGGGAGGCCCUUGGCUCCGUGUUGGGCUCGCCGCGCUUCCUUUGCUGGCCUUGGCCUUGGCCGUUGCGCAGAGAGCACUGCUGAGAAGCCGCGCCGCGAGCGCGCGGAGCGGGCGGAGCGCGCGGAAGCCCAGCGGCUCCGUGGUCAAGCGGCGUAAGCGCGUGCUCUUCAACAGGCGGGUCGGCUGCAUGGCUGUGCCGAACUAUCUGGAGCUGGAUGAGCCUGAGAAGGCCGCGAUUUGGUGGAUGGAGCAUGACUAUGCAAAGUUUCGAGAGGCCGCAGCAGUCAUGAAGAGGGCUUACAAGGCUGCCGCAAGGAGCCUGGGUGUUGGGAUGCCCAGCGUCUGCAGCGCGGGGUCUCAUGCCAAGAGGGCCUACGAGGCAAUGGUCGAGGCCCAUCCCAGCCUCAAAAACGAGUCCCGACGGGGCAUUGGCUUGGGUCGAAAUUUUAAGAAGCGCAAAGCCGCCUACAUCUCCGCGGUCGUCCAGGAGCAGCGGCGCCAGCGUGAGGCCAACAUGCGAGACGAAGACGCCUUAGCCUGUGCAGCCAUGCGAGUCUCAAAGAAGGACCACAACUAUGCCCAUGCCCUGGCCAAGAUGCACUUCGAACAAACCACGGCAGAUGAAGCGGGCACGGCCGUCAAUUCUGAUGUGACCACGGCUGUGUUUAACAUGAUCCGCGAUGGGGGUGGACGAGGUGGACCCAGGGAAGUUGCCGCUGAUGAGGAGUCGAAAUCAUCCAGGAACAAAGACCUGCAAAACUACACAGAGGAGGACAUCAACUGGUCCGAAACUUCGAAGCCAGUGCUGUUUGCUAAAGGCUUCGGUCAAUCCAAAGACCAGCUCAAGGAAGUCGGCCUCAGUGUCACUGGCCACGCUUUGAGGCGCUCGAGACUCGCCAACCCCAAGGACAUGGGACUGAGCAGUGCUGACAUCAGCAGCGCUGAGUGCAGCAGCGACGAGUUGAGCAGCGUUGAGUCCAGUGGCGCUGAGAGUGAUGUUGCUGGCAGUGAUCGUGACUGA